UACGAACUGGUCUGACGGGACAAACAACAACAGUAAAGGACAGAAAAAUAGUGCUUCAGAUAUUUCUACAUUCUCUUCCUUGGGCUCACGACUGUGUGUUCUCAGCCAGUGCGGAUCAGUUCAGCUGCAGGAUGUCAGAGGAGCGAGGAACAGAGACCCGUCUCUCACAGAAACACAGUGUAAGAUCAGGAUCACGUGUGUCCAGCUCUGUGUCUGUGAAGAGUGACUGCUCAAGAGAUGAAGGACCAAGCUUCAGUGAGAAAACUCCAUCAUCUGCCAAAAGUGUAAGAUCAGGAUCACGUGUGUCCAGCUCUGUGUCUGUGAAGAGUGACUGCUCAAGAGAUGAAGGACCAAGCUUCAGUGAGAAAACUCCAUCAUCUGCCAAAAGCAGUGUUCAACGUAAGACAAUACAUUCAGAUGUUCAGGCUCACGGGAACCACAAGGUUUUCAAAGAAAAUCUCCCAUGUAUAUUCAAGGAUCUUGAGAGCAAAAUAAUCAUAUUUCUGAAGAAAGAACUGGAAAAGUUUAAGAAAAUAUUACAGAAAGAGAACACACAAUACUUGGUGAAGGACUUUAUUGAAAACAGAAGCAGUAUGAAAGAAGCAGCUCUUGAUCUCUCGCUCUGCUUCCUGAGAGAGAUGAAGCAAGAUGAAGCUGCUGAUGCUCUCGAAGAUGAGCUGUUCUUCAUUCAUCAGCUGAAAUGUAGCCUAAAGAAGAAGUAUGAAUGUGUGUUAGAAGGAAUAGCAAAGCAAGGUGACUCCACACUUCUGAAGAACAUCUACACAGAUCUCUAUAUCACUCAGGGCUGUAGUGAACAGGUCAACACUGAACAUGAGGUCAGACAGAUUGAAGUUGCUUCCAGACGUCAUGAAUCACAGGAGAAACAGGUUAAAUGCACAAAGAUGUUUGAAGCACCUGAACAAGACAAGCAGGUCAGAACUGUGUUGACAAAAGGAGUUGCUGGCAUCGGAAAAUCAGUCUCUGUGCAGAAGUUUGUUCUGGAUUGGGCUGAAGGAAAAGAAAAUCAGGAUAUCAGCUUUAUAUUCCCUCUUCCAUUCAGAGAGAUGAACUUAAAGGAGAAAGAAAACCAAAGUCUAAUGGACCUUAUAACUCAGUUUUUCCCAGAGACAAAAGGACUGGACCUUACAAGAAGAAAUCAAUUCAAAGUCCUGUUCAUUCUUGAUGGAUUGGAUGAAUGUCGACUUCCUGUAAACUUUGAGGAUAAUGAGACGUGGUCUGAUGUAUCAUCACCAGCCUCUCUGGAUGUUCUCCUAACUAACCUCAUCAAGGGAAUCUGCUAGGAAAAUCUUCUCCCUUCUGCUCUCAUCUGGACCCCCCCCAGACCAGCCGCUGCCAGUAAGCUUCCUCCUGACUGUAUCGACCGACUGACAGAGAUACGAGGAUUCAGUGAUGCACAGAAGGAGGAGUACUUCAGAAAAAGACUCACAGAUGAGGAUCUGGCCAGAGAAAUCAUUGAUCAUGUCAAACAAUCAAAGAGUCUCUUUAUCAUGUGCCACAUCCCAGUCUUCUGCUGGAUUUCAGCCACUGUUCUCCAGAACAUUUUAGAGGAGAAAAGAAAUAAUGAUCUGAAAAACAAUCAGGCUGGUGACUCUCAAACACUGCAGGAAUCAAACACUGAAGACACUCCCAAGACUCUGACACAAAUGUACACACACUUUCUCCGCUUUCAGAUCCAGCAGAGCAGACGAAAGUAUGACGGAGAAUACACACCAGAUGUUUCCUGGGAUAAAGAUGCCAUCCUUUCACUGGGAAAACUGGCCUUUCAACAGCUGCAAAGAAACAAUGUGAUCUUCUAUGACACAGACCUGGAAGCCUGUGGUAUUGAUGUCUAUAAGGCAUCAGUGUAUUCAGGCAUGUGUACCCAGAUCUUUAAGGAAGAAAUAGGGAUCACUGUUUGUACCAUGUACUGCUUCGUUCACUUGAGCAUUCAAGAGUUUAUUGCAGCUCUUUAUGCACAUCUGUUUCUAGACAUCAACAAGAAAAGUGUGUUUGAUCGUGAGUCUACAGAACAGAAAAACGAAAAUAAAACCAUGUUUGAUUUGCUCAAGACUGCAGUGGACAAGGCACUGGAGAGUAACAAUGGACACCUGGAUCUUUUCCUUCGCUUCCUUCUCGGUCUGUCACUUCAGUCCAAUCGUCGACUCUUAAGAGGACUGUUGACACAACAAGACUGCAAUGACCAGAGCAACAAGGAAAUAGUUCAGUACAUCAAGCAGAAAUUAGAAGCUGAUCUGUCUCCAGAGAGAUCCAUCAAUCUGUUCUACUGUCUGAAUGAACUGAAUGAUCAAACUCUGGUGAAAGAGAUUCAGACCCACCUCAGCAAAGGAAGUCUCUCAUCUGCUGACCUUUCACCUGCCCAGUGGUCUGCUGUGGCCUUUGUGUUGUUGACCUCAGAGGAGGAGCUGGAGGAGUUUGAGCUUCAGAAAUUCAAGAAAUCAGACGAGUGUCUCAUUAGACUAUCAGCAGUCAUCAAAACCUCCAAAAGAGCUCUGCUUAAUGAUUGUGGCUUAACAGACAGAAGCUGUUCAGCUCUGGCUACAGUUCUUGGAUCAGAUACUAAUCUGAAAGAGCUGAACAUGAGCAAUAAUAAUCUGCGGGAUUCAGGAGUGAAGCUGCUCUGCACUGGACUGAAGAAUAUAGCGUGUAAUUUGGAGAUACUGAGACUCUCAGACUGCAGCGUCACUGAAGAAGGUAAUAAAGCUCUGGCUUCAGCUCUGAGAUCAAACCCUUCACACCUGAUAGAGCUGGAUCUCUCUGGAAAUGAUCCUGGACCAUCAGGAGUGAAGCAGCUCGAUGAUUUACUACAGGAUCCAAACUGUCAGCUGAAGACACUGAGGUUUUUGGGUCCUGCUGCAGAAGAAGCCUGUCAGUAUGUGAGAGGAAUUGUGGGUAAAAACCCGUUACUCCUGAGAGAGCUGGAUCUGAGUAGACGUAAACUAGGAGACACACGAGUGAAUCAGAUCGCUGCUCUACUGCAGGAUAAACACUGUACACUCAACACACUGAAUCUGUGUGGAUGCAGUAUUACAGAGGAACAGAGUCUCGUCCUGACUUCAGCUCUGAACUCAAACCCAUCACACCUGAGAGAACUGGAGCUGAGCAGGAAUAAACUAGGAGACUCUGGAGUGAAGAGCCUCAGUGAUCUACUGAUGAACACACAAUGCAAGCUGGAGAAACUAGAUCUGUGUGGAUGCAGUAUUACAGAGGAACAGAGUCUCGUCCUGACUUCAGCUCUGAACUCAAACCCAUCACACCUGAGAGAACUGGAGCUGAGAGGGAAUAAACUAGGAGACUCUGGAGUGAAAAACCUCAGUCAUCUACUGAUGAACACACAAUGCAAGCUGGAGAAACUGAAUCUGUGUGAAUGCAGUAUUACAGAGGAACAGAGUCUCGUCCUGACUUCAGCUCUGAACUCAAACCCAUCACACCUAAGAGAGCUGAAUCUGAGAGGGAAUAAACCACUAGGAGACUCUGGAGUGAAGAGCCUCAGUGAUCUA